GGGCUUCACAGCACACCGCAAGCUUUCCUCCUACUCCCAUCUCACCACGCAAGCGAACGACCGUUGACGAUGACAGACGUCCAGGACCCCCCGGCGUCGGGCGGGAGUAAAACGUUCGGGAUUCACAAAUACGAUCCCAGAAGCUGUCUAGGCGCGGAGCAAGCGCGCGAAAAUGUGCGGCGCGGCUACGAAGGCAAAUACGAGGAUGAUCCGCUCUACGAAGAGCUCGGAGACGAGGCGCGCAUCUGGCGCGUCAUGCUGGACGAGGGUCGGAUCGUCGACGCUGCAAUGCUGCAACGCUUUCGCGACCAUCUCGAUGUGGACCUAGUUUUUGCGGGUUUGUUCUCGGCCGUCCUCACGACCUUCGUCGUCCAGACAUCGCAGACGCCCUCCACUACCGGCGACACGACCAUCGCUCUCCUACUCGAGCUUAUUGCCAUUCAGCGAGCAUGGGCGAACGAUCCUCGUGUGGAUGGCGUGGCCUCCUUCAGUCCUCCCCCGCCAUCGCCUAGUCCCAGUCCGUGGAUCAAUCGCUGCUGGUUCUUGAGCCUGAUCUUCAGUUUGUUGGCUGCCUUUGGAGCCGUCGUCGUCAGGCAAUGGCUGCAGGAGUACGAGAGCGACAUCACCGGGUCUCCGAAGCGGCGCGCGCUCGUCCGCCACUUCAGACGCGUCGGCUUGGAGAACUACAAGGUCCACCUCAUUGUGCCGAUCCUCCCCAUGCUCCUGCACGUCUCGCUCCUUCUCUUCUUUAUUGGGCUUAUUCUCUAUGUUGGUCAAUCGGAUCCCACUAUGUCCCAUGGCAUCAUCGCACUCACGACUCUGAUCUACUUGCUCUACCUUUUGACGAACGUUUUGCCUGUCUUCUACCCCCAGUGCCCAUAUCGCUCGCCGCUCUCCGCCGCUGGAUAUUGGCUGAGAAUGUUGUACCCGCUUCUACGCCCAUUGCUACCCUCGGUUUCUUGUCCUUCAGGUUUACAAUGGGCGCCUCUCUGCAACGGCGUGGAGUGGGCUAAAUCUCGCGGGCGUCAGCUACACCACUCCAUCUGCGUCAUCCGCGAAAUCGGUCGCGUGGCGUGGCAGAUAUGUAUGCUGUGCGUGCUCAAGAUGCCCAGCGAUUAUGAAUGGGACUCCGUGCUCCGGCAAUCGGAUGAUCUGAUACCUGAUAGCCUGGAUUGGGCAAUGCAGGCAUCGCCCGAUCUGUCCAUCGCCCCGCUCGUCGUGCAGGCCUCUGCUGGUCUUCGCUACGAGGGUCGUAAUUGGUGGCCAUUGACCCAACCACGUACAAGACUUCUGCGCAAUCGCAUUCUACCUUGGUUCUAUAAUGCUCUAAGUACACGUCAAGAGGUCUUUGAUUGGGCACCUGGUCGAGAGAACGAGCUGAUACGAAUGGCCGACACUCUCUUGCUUGUCCCAGUGUACAAACUUCAAAUCGAGGCACAGUUCUGCUCAUGUGCCACGCGAGUCUUUCAGGCCUUGACGCUUGCGCUGCUAGAUCUGCCGAACAUGCCUACAGUCACACCAAUUGAUGUGGCGAGAAUGAGCAUGACUCUCCUGGCCCUCGGACGCCAACUCUACGGGCGUGAUGUGGCCGCAUCGUUCACCAGGGAUGAUGUCAAUACACCUCUCGAGACUAUUGCUAAGGCAUAUUCCCUACUCAGAGACACACAUCCGGUCACAGGGCUGCGUCUUCGUCCGUUGAUUUGGGAUGAGGCGUGGUCCUUUCUGGGCAAGCACGGCACACCUGUGGAGGAUACUGGUCACUUCGCGAUCACGCUUUGGCGCAGUCAAUAUUCUGAGGCACCAUUGAGGGACAACGAGGAUCGAUGGAAAGAAGACCUCGAUGCAUUAUUCCAUAUAACCUUGCAAGAGUGGCUAUACCUGCAUCCAGACCGUACGAAAGACUGGGAAUUUGCCAUUAAUCGCCUGCUCUGUCCUGAGUCGUGUGAAGCAAGUAGAAAGAAAUCUGAUUUUGGCGACGAUGCCUCUCGCUUACACAGCACGUGCCAUGCAAUUGAUCUGUACAUCAAGGAAGAUAGAGCCGACGGGAAUGCAGCUUUCGACGAUAACCUUGGCUUUCUGGUCGUGAGAUUGAUCGGCUGGUUGUUCACCACGCUCGGGUAUGACUCGAUCGACUCUGCGCUACGUACUAUUGGACACUCGGCAGUAUCAGCCGCGUUCAAAUCGUCAUUCCUUGUUCAUUCCUCUUUGUCAUUUGCGGGGUCUCUGCAUGCAAAUGCACGCUUAUCGACGACCUUCGCCGUGUCGUUGUUCUGGUUUCUCGCCAAAAUGGCCGAAGCGUCUGUAGCUCGGAACUAUAAGGCCACCAUCGCCAUCCGCAAUGCGCUGGAUCGCCAUGCAACCGACUACUGUGAAGUUCUAGCAGAAGCUCUUGACUAUGACGAGGUCUCGGUCGAGCUUCUUCGUCAACUGGUACACACGGUGCUGUAUGAUCAUCGACUGGCUUUCUCGGACAUCUCGGACGCUCUUGCAGCAUCCCUGGCAACGCAGCUCAGCAAAAUGACAGACUCGGCGUUCUCCGAUCAGCCUGAAGAUGUUAUGACUGAUUACCUAUAUCUUGAUGCCCUCUGUGCGGCGCGUGCCGAGUCGAAGCAGGUCGACACGAAGUUUCCUGAUGCAUCGCGCAAGCUGCACUCGGCGGUGCUCUCGCUCAAGCCAACAAAAUACGGCACGUGGAAACAGCAGCAGCUGGAUAGGAUCUCAAGUCAUCGAGGUAUUCCACUCGCUGUAGCAUUGGCGCUGAAGAGCACGCAUGGCCUUCAAGCGCUAGAUGAGUUGCCCUUCCUUGUGCAGGACCCACGCCCUGACGCGAACGUUCUGGUUCCGGAUGAGGCUCGAGAAGGCCAAGACCUGAAUUGGUACCGCCACUUCACUAGCGAUCCCGACAAGCAUAUUCGUGCUUCAAGUUGGGACAGAGAGACGUCGUUGCACAUAUCCGAACUGGUCAGCUUCGAGGAGGCCGUCGAACGGAUGCAGAAGAAGGACGCUGAACAUGCUGGGGAGGACGAGCGUAGAUUGCGAGGCGGUGCGGAAAAUGACACCAAUGACGACGCCGAGAGCUCUGCUAGCGAGUAUGACAGACUCGAUGAUCAAGGAGGCGCCGAACAUACGCAGAGCCAGAUGAUCGCCCGACUCAGAGAACUCGGCGCUUGGGGAGUCGCCCCGUUCAAGCGUAUCCAUCGAUUCCUAGCGAGCGUGCGCCGUCCUCGUCACGGUUCGUCAUUCAUCAAGCUCAACGAUUUCGACGUCGAGCGUACCGCGGGAGCCUCAAUUCUCCCGGGCCCGAUGCGGAGCGAGGUCGAUACUUCCGUUCCGGCGAUGGCGUCGGAAGCAGGGCAAGGUGACGAGCACGGACAGGACGGCGAGCAUGCUCAGGACGGCGAGCAGGAUCAGGAUCGCGAGCAGGAUCGGGAUGGCAGUCACAGUCGCGUCGGCGGGCAUAGCCAGACCGAAAAAAUAUUGCACGUCCAGACGCGAGGGACAAUGGAGGGAACGCAAGGGACGGCGGAGGAACUCUGCGCGCCCAGGGAUGCGGAAGACGAAGGGAGCACCAGUGUUCGCGAGAUCCCUGAUGCCGAAAAGAGAAGCGAGCAGGAUCAUGAUGACGAGGAGGGGAGCCGGGACAGUGAGCAUGGCCGUGACGACGAGCACGGACGGCACGACGAGCAUGGACGGGACGACGAGCAUGGACGGGGCGGCGACCAUGCUCGGGAUGGCCAGCGGGAUCGGGACGGGGGGCAGGAUCGGGACAGCGCGCAGGAUCGCAACGACGAGCAGAUUCGCGUCGGCGAGCAAAUCCAGGCAGAAGAGAUACCGCACGUCCAGACGCCGGGAACAGAGGAGGAGUAAAUCCGUGCCCGCGAGGACGCGGGACCAAAAGGCGAGCACUAGCGCUCGCGAGGACGCAGGAGAGUAUGGCUCCCGGGCGGCGCCUGGGAUGAGCGCUGAGCGCGAGUUUGACGACGGAAUGGACUAAUACUUACACCCGACGAACCCAUAUAGUAUGCCCUGAAUGCCUCUGCGAUUGUUGUUUGAGCUACGUUCGAGUUUGCGCCCUAUUGUAUGCUCUGACCGCCUGGUUGGAUUUGCUCUUCAUAUUUUAUCUCGCCGCGGG